AGCAGCCAGCCACCGACAGCCAGGCAAGACAUAAGCAAGGCUAGACAAGAAAGGAAGCAAUGACUCCAAAUGUGGAUAGCCAGUCUUUUGGAACAGUACACUACUCCAAUGUCUACCUCUCCAUAUUCGCUCUGUUUUGCGUCAAGCUCUUUGUCAAGAUCAGCCUGAAUAUUCUCACCCACUUCUAUGUGGUGAAGGGGAAUCGGAAGGAGGCUGCCCGCAUUGCAGAAGAGUUUUAUGAUUUUGGACAAGGGCACAGGUCAUGGGCGGACCGGUCCCCUCUCCACGAGGCAGCGUGUCAUGGCCGUCUCCUGGCCCUCAGGACCCUUCUCUCACAGGGUUACAACGCAAACAUCCCUACCAUAGACCAUGUGACGCCGUUGCAUGAGGCUUGCCUGUCAGACCACGCGUCAUGCGCCAAGGCGCUCGUUGCAGCUGGUGCCAAUGUAAAUGCCACCACCAUUGAUGGGGUGACGCCGCUGUUCAAUGCCUGCUCAGCGGGCAGUGCCACCUGUACAGAGGUACUGCUGGAAAACGGUGCCAAGCCCCAGUCAGAGAUGUGCCAGCCCUCGCCCAUACACGAAGCCUCCAGCAAAGGCAGAAUUGCUUGUCUGGAGGCACUGAUCACAUGGGGAGCAGACGUGGACUAUGAUAUUCCUCACCUGGGAACCCCCCUGUACAUCGCCUGCAUCUCCUCAGCACUCCAGUGCACACAGAAACUCCUCGAUGGAGGGGCCAAUGUGCAGAAGGGCAGGUUCCUGGAGAGCCCGCUCCAUGCAGCAGCUCAGAAGGACUGUACUGAGAUCAUCAAUGUGUUGUUAGAGUUUGGAGCAAACAUUAACGCUAAAAACCUAGAGCUUAAGAGACCGGUGGAGUCAGCCCCACCUAACAGCUCAGCAGAGGAGACGUUACUGCUGUAUGAAGCAACACCUCAGUCACUAUGUCAACAGUGUCGUCUCAGUGUCAGAGAUUAUAUGGGCCGAUCUCGACUACACCUCAUCCCUCAGUUACACCUCCCCAACCCUCUCAAACGCUUCCUCCAGUACAGAUAGAACACAACGCUCUCUCACUCUCUUUCUGUAUGUCUGUCUGUCUGUCUGUCUGUCUGUCUGUCUGUCUGUCUGUCUGUCUGUCUGUCUGUCUGUCUGUCUGUCUGUCUGUCUGUCUGUCUGUCUGUCUGUCUGUCUGUCUGUCUGUCUGUCUGUCUGUCUGUCUGUCUGUCUGUCUGUCUGUCUGUCUGUCUCUCUGUCUGUUGCUCUCUCCCUUCCCCUCUCUGUUUCUCUCUGUCUGUUGCUCUCUCCCUUCCCCUCUCUGUUUCUCUCUGUCUGUUGCUCUCUCCCUUCCCCUCUCUGUUUCUCUCUGUCUUCCUCUUUCUCUCUCUUUCUAAAUGAGAGCAUCGUCAUAAUAGAGGAUAUUCUUUCUCCCACCCUCUCUCUCCCUCUCUCCCUCCCCCUCUCUCUUUCUCUCUCUCUCUCUCUCUCUCUCUCUCUCUCUCUCUCUCUCUCUCUCUCUCUCUCUCUCUCUCUUUCUCCCACCCUCUCUCUCUCUUUCUCCCACCCUCUCUCUCUUUCUCUCUGUUUCUCUCUCCGUCCAUCUUUAUCAUCAAGGGAAUGUUUUAUUACACACUGAACCUUGUUUCUUUUUAACCCAGAACCUCAAGUGCACCGAAUCCCUCCCAUUCACUGACAUCUGUUUCCACUCUUUCUCUGAAGCACCUACGUACAAGGUCAUGUAAAUAUGUAUAUUCUGUUACAUUGACCAAAACAACAACUCAUUUCAAUUAUUUUCUUAUAUAAUAUUAGUCAACGAAUAUAUUAACGUGACCCGUAUAUGCAUAACUCACUGAAAAAUGUACAGUAUUUUGCCAAAAAUCAUUUCACAUACCUCUCACCUGUUUCACUCUAAUAAAUAAGAAUGUUAUUCCAUGA